ACAACAUAUGUAUUUUCAUCGAAGUCUGGAAUCUACAUAGCAAUGUCGAAAUAACACAAAACAAGGAUCUUUAAGAAAAUGGACCACUGUGUAGUGGAGGAAGUGGACGAUGUGGUAGAAGAGGCGCAUUUGCUGACACAACUAAGAACUAGACACAAAAUUCAAAAGUAUAUCUUAAGAUCUGAUGUUUUGGAGCUGAAACCGAGAACGCGACGUCAAGGCAAAUGUGUGGGAGCAGCUCUAGAAGUUGUCAACUAUCAAAUGGUGGCCAACAUGGUUCUUCCAGAGACACCAAAGGAGUACAACUAUAUUAGUAACAUCAUAUGGUUUCACUUAGCCCAUCAUAUAGCUCCAGAAGAUGUUCAGAGGUUUGCCAUGAUUUGUAUUCAAAGUGCAAAUUGUGUAAGAUAUGCAAGUUUCUGGCGUCAUCUAUAUCGAAAACACUGCCUAAGAUCUUUGCAGUUACCGAAACAUUUGCAAGCUCAGCAAAUUACCAAUCGUGAUGUACAUUCCUUAAGACCUUUGGUUAUAGAAGCUCUAUUCCAUUGCCAUCCACCAUUGAGUAAUCGUUUAAAAUCUAAUUUUCCUUUGGAAACAUUGGUGGGAAAGUCAUAUGUAUCCUCAUGGCAUCUAAUGGAUCAGCAGUGUAUUUGGAUUAUGUGCUACAAAUUUCAACACCAUACUUUGAAACAUAAAUCUGAAGCAGUUCGUUUGGAAAAGCAAGAUCAUGUCGAUGUCGUGGAAGAUUGGGAAUCGUUGGCUAAUGAAGAUGAUAACGUUGUAAAUAGAAAAACAUUGAGAAAAGAUUAUACAAACGAAGGAGCCAGUCUCUUAGUUAUAUGGUGUGAUCGUUUUAUACCAUUUCCUACGGACUACCUUUAUACGAGUUCAUCGUUUGCGUUUCGAUUGAAAGCCGCACGAGAGCUUUUGUCUAACGAUAUGAGAUCAAUUAAUUUGGAAAUGGAUUUAGUUUCAUUGACUGGAGAUCAAAUCAUCACUUGGAAAUAUAAGCAAAUAAAAAAAUAUAAAGUGUUACCUUGGUGGCAUACUGAUUUUAGAGAAUUUAAUAAAUAAUACAAACCGAAAA